UUUUUUCUCUUCUUGAAAGUUUAUUCGGAUUAAAUUUUCAGGUUUAUUUGCACUCGUUUCACAUAAUUUUUAUAUCGUGAGAUAAAUAGGAAAUUUCUAUAUCGAAAAAGCAAUCCAAAUUAGCAAAAUAUCCGGAUUAACAGAAUGCGAAUUAAGUGAUUUCGAUUGUUUCUUGAAUGUUGAGUAAAACUUCCUUCAACGUGUUCACAAUUCGAUUAGAUCAGCUUUGUACCACAAAGCGAUGAAGAAAAAUGUCGUUCUGAGGACAGUUAAAUUUGAUUUAGAGCUGGAUGAGGAGGACAUUGUAUAUCGAAAUAUAACUAUCAGCAACAGCAAUGGUUGCCCGGAAAAUUUAGUAGUCGCACUGAAAUGUGUCGAAGAAGAGUGUGGCAGUAGGACAGCAUACAAUAAGAAUGAGUUCAAGAGCAAGUACGUGAUAUACGGUGAGAAAGUCCUGCCCGGUGAGUUUCCAUGGCAAGUCAAAGUAAGUUGCGAGGGCCUGCUGUGCGGCGGUUCCGUCAUCAAAUCCCGCUGGGUCGUCACCGCUGCGCAUUGCGUAGUAGUCUUCGGUGCUGCCUUUCGACCGUCUCAAUGUUUAAUAAGUGUCGGGUCGGUUUUUUUGCGUGACAGCAACUGGAUUAUGCUCAAACCCGACUUUAUUUACGUUCACCAACAUUACAACGAAAAGACAUUGGACAACGACAUUGCUCUUCUACGGUUAAGUCGGAAACUUGGCUAUUCUUCACUGGUUCGAAACAUUUGCCUUCCCCGCAAAGAGCAUCACCCAGGUCGUUUCCCUGUUUGCGUGGCUUCAGGGUUUGGCAGAACCGUACAAGACAAAGUUUCAAACGCAUUGCUGCAGACGAGAAUGAUCAUAAGAUCGAACUGUCCUGGUUUUCCAGGACUCACACAUGGAGUUAUAUGCAUAGGUACGCACAGCGGCUCAAGAUAUCCUAAUGUGUGCAUGGGUGAUAGUGGAGGACCAUUGGAAUGCAAAGCUUCACACGAAGAUAGAUGGACUCUGUUUGGCAUCCACAGUUUCGUCGCAGGAGGAUCAAACAGUUCCCAAAAGCUCUCAGAAUACUGUCAAACCAGCUUCGCCACAGACGUCUAUUUCUUCGUGGAAUGGAUUGAUAAGACGAUAAAAAGUCACAAAAUUAAGAAGAACUAGCUUGUUUGAAAGGCCUUUGUCAAAUAUUAUUAUGACUAAGAAAAAUUCUUUUUUUAUUGAUUUUUUGACAUAAAAUAAUAAUAAAUAAUAAUCGAUAUAAUAAUAAUUAAAAUAAAUAAAAAAA